AUGGGAGAAGAUGAGCUGAAUGAAAAGGUCCCGGGAGAAGAUCAACACAGGCCUGAUUUGUCCACGACCUCUCCAGAGCCAUCCGUUCGCCCCGUAUCGUCGAUUUCGGAACCGGAAGUUAUCAACGAUGAUGACCAACAUGACGCAACCUCAGGCGAUAGGCCCGACCCAGCCUCAGAACGAUUCGACCCCGAGAACCUCACUCGCCAACCCAGCGGCCCGGCCUACAGUGUAAUAGCCCUGUCAACAAAACGAGGGAUCACCUUGAUGGCCACCGUCGCCUGCUUCAUCUCGCCCAUGUCGGCAAACAUCUACUACCCGGUUCUGGCCCCAAUCGCUGAUGACCUGGGUGUUUCCAUAGCUCUCGUUAAUCUGACGGUCACCUCCUACAUGAUCCUCCAGGCCAUCUCCCCAACCAUCUUUGGCGACUUUGGCGACAUGGCUGGCCGCCGUCCGGCGUUCCUUGUGGCAUUUAGCAUAUACCUCGUUGCCUGCGUCGGUCUGGCUCUGCAGCGUAACUACGCCGCUUUGCUGGUCCUGCGAAUGCUGCAGAGUGCCGGAAGUAGCGGUGCGAUUGCACUGGGGUUCGCCAUGGUUGCUGAUAUCUCUAUGAGCUCUGAGCGGGGUAAGUAUAUGGGCAUCGUCGGGGCCGGAAUUAACGUCGGCCCAACCAUCGGUCCUGUUCUCGGCGGCGUCCUAACCCAGUACUUUGGCUGGGCCUCCAUCUUUUGGUUCUGUGUGGUACUAGUCGGGCUGUGGAUCGUACCAUAUGCCCUCUUCAUCCCAGAAACCUGCCGCAACGUUGUCGGCAACGGCUCUCUCCCGGCCCAGCCUUGGAACCGGCCCGUUGUUGACCUCAUUCGCCGCCGACGACGCAGGAACGCCGCCGAUGCCAACGCCCUAUCCCGGAGCGCAUCCACCGCAACAGCUGCCCAGCCAAAGGGCAAGCUCCAAUUCCCGAACCCUAUCCGCUCCGUGAAGAUCAUCUUCGAAAGGGAAAUGGGUCUCAUGCUCGCGUACAACAGCCUGCUCUACGUAGCCUUCAUCUGUGUCACCGCGACCCUUGGCACACUGUUCCGUGAGAUCUAUGGAUUCAACGAUCUGGAGCUGGGCCUGUGCUACCUGCCCUACGGUGCAGGCUGCGUUGUCGCCAGCGUCGGGCAGGGCUACGUCCUCGACUGGAACUAUCGCCGCCUCGCCCGAAAGAUCGGCUUUACGAUCGACCGCCGACGGGGCGACGACCUGAGCAAGUUCCCAAUCGAAAAGGCCCGCCUGCAGCCCGUCUAUCCGGCUGUUGCCAUUGGUCUCGUUGCGCUAGUAGCAUACGGAUGGGUCUUGCAGAUUGAGACCAGCGUCGCCGUUCCGUUAGUUUUGCAGGGUGUUAUCGGACUAACGAUCACGGGGUCCUUCAACAUCAUGAAUACGUUGAUUGUGGACCUGUUCCCAGAUGCCCCCGCAACAGCCACGGCGGCCAACAACCUGGUGAGGUGUGCCAUGGGUGCCGUCGGCACAGCCGUUAUCGACUACAUGAUCUCUGGCAUGGGGAGGGGGUGGUCGUUUACGUUUCUGGCUGCCUUGUGCGCGGUGCUGAGCCCGAUGAUGUUUUUAAUCGCGAAGAAAGGUCCUAGAUGGAGGAAUGAGAGACGGACGAGGAGUGAUGCUUCAUGA